UAAUUCAAAAAUUUAACUGGAAUUUUCAUCCAGGUUUUUAACCCCACUGAAGGCAUUGAGCGUUCUGAGAACAGCAGAGAACCCGUUGCUUUUUUAUAUGGAUUUUGACAGUUAUGAGACACGGCAUGGCACUGAGUUUGAUGCCCAAAUGCUUUGUUUUUAAAAAAUCAGGGCACCCAAAACCCGCGGUCUCACAGACCACCUAGAGGCCAGGGUGCAGGGAGUCGAGGUAACACCAUUGUAUGAUAUGAAGGUAUAACAGGCCUAAUAAUUUGCUGACAAACUGGUGCUAAUCGAACUUAGAUCUACUUCAGAGCAGCUCUUCUGGUCAGUUUGCUGAAUUCGCAGAGUAACCGUAACGCUGAGCUUCUCGGCUGGUCCGGAAGGCUUUUCUCGUUGGGCACUGGGCUGCGAGCAGGACUGCUCUCCAUGUUUUCUGAGAGAAAGAGAGAAAAGUACCUAUUUGCUCGUGAGGAGAACCGCCGACAUUCGACUUCCAACUGUACACAUUUUAGCGAGCGCGCGCUACCGUCUCCCCGCGCACGAGGGCGCCGUCGGGCAAGUCAGCGCGCUCCAAAAAAGCGUGCCUCUGUCGAAAGUAACUUGUGAGUUUUCCCCGAUAACCCAGCAAACUCUUCGGAAAACGCUGCGUUUUCCAUUACUUGUCAAAGCGCGCGUGGGCAGUUGUUUUAUAUAUAUAUCUAUAUAUUAAAAAAAACCCACACACACACACAGAGCCAUAACUAGCUUCGUGGUGGGCGCGCGCCACUCGCCCGCGGCGCUUAGCAACACGCGCGCGUUCUGUUUGUGGAAACCGGGCCGCUCAGUUCGGCCCCGACGCUCACAGUCGGCAGAAGAUGGACCCCCGCGACGAGUCUGAGUGGAAAACACGACCUGAGGACCGGAUCCGUCAGUUAACGGAGGAGAAUGUGCAGCUCCGGGACAAAAAUGAGAUCCUCUUGAGAAAACUGGGAGAUGUGCAGGACAAGGUGGACCAGGCAGCGGGGCUGGAAACAAACCUCUCCGCCAAACUGAUCUCCGCCGAGGAGGAAAAACUGAAGAUCUCUAGGGACCUUGUUGAGCUGCAGAUAAAGACCAACAAACUGAGGGAGCAAUAUGAGGAAGAGACUUUUCAGCUCAAAAAUAAGAUUCUGUUACAGGAAAGCCAUCUCGCAGAACUGGAGAUGGACAGGGACAGACUGCAGAGGGACGUCCGGUCCGCCAGGGAGUAUUUGCAGGCAGCUGAGAAGAACCACAAAGAUCUGGUCGAUGAGUACAUAACCCUGAAGAGCAACCACCUGGCUCUGACGCAGGAGCACGAACGGCUGGGAUUGCGGAACGCAGAGCUGCUGGGGCUGGUCCAGGAGAGGCCCGGUCGUUUCCAGGGUGACCAGGGACAGGCCAGUUCUGAGACUGACCGGGUCAAGCUUCUCGGAAAGCAGGAGGAAACGGAAGAGGAGCUGGACAGGAUAAAGAAGAGUUAUGAGGAGCAGCAGCGCCGACUAGAGGAAAAAGUGGUGGCCAUGGGAAAGGAGCAGCGGGAGAACAAAGCGGCCAUUCGCAACACCCAGAAAAAGCUGGCAGAGCAAUCUGUAGCUUUGCUGAGCUCACAGACUCAGCUGGAGGAUGUACUGUCGGAGAACUCCAGGCUGCAGCUCCGGGUGAAGGAGCUGAGCGAGGAGUACAGGGCUCAGCUUGUGAGCUACCUGCACGACCUGGCAGAGUAUGCUGAUGGCCCAGGAGCCAAGAAGACACCAGAGAAGAAGCAGAUGAAGAAGUUUGUGGACAGCAUGCUGCAGGACAUCAGGGCUUCCUACAGGUCCCGAGAGGAGCAGCUGGCCAGCGCCACACGGGCCUACAAAAAGAGGCUGCAGCGGGUGAUCCGGGAGCACGAGGCCUUACUGAUCGCCUACAGGAUGCAGAGAGAGCAGAUCCUGGCCCUAGGUGAGCAGGGUUCGGACCCGGGGCCCCCGGCGGGUCACUUCAGCCUGACGGAGGGCUCUCAGCAGCCCGAUCUGAGUCAGGAGCUGCACAGGUUCUGGGAGGACAAGGCGAGUCUGGACAUUCAGCAGCAAGAAGCUCUGGAGCAGAAGAACAUGCCUUUUGACCCCCCUCAAAGUGUCACCUUCCAUGCAGAACUCGGCAAUACGAGGCCAGGAAACUGGGCCAAAGUCACAGAAAAGGGCUGGACUGAUAUCAGGAAGGAGCUGAGGGCAUUUACCUACAGCACCCUGGAGGCCCUGGAAAGGGAGCGCGUCCAGCUGAUCGCUCGGGCAUCAGCCGCGGAGGGGUGGGUGGCGGAGCUCCAGGAGUACGUUGAUAAGCACUUGAGCAGGUACAAGGAGGAGAUCCUACGUCUGCGCCGGCUGCUGGCUCUAGAAGGUGGCCGUCCGCACGGUGCCGCCGAUCCAGAACCGGCUGCUUUACAGCCUUCCGAAGGAGUCACCGGUCAAGAGCUGUUUGGGAUGUGACCGGGUGACCUAUGACCUUCAAUCAGAAAGUCCAGACAGCAGCUGCAACUGCUUAUACUGAGAGAAAGACCACAGUGGGACCUGAUCGGCACUUUAAAAACACACACUUUAUUAAACUGGAACAUUCUUCUUCCUGUGGUGGUGGGCAGCCCAUGGGCCGCGAUGUCCACGAUGACCACAAUAGCCACAAGUGGAUGUUUUGCAAAAGUGUCUGGCCAAUUCAGUUUAGGUGAACAAAUUUAUUGUUAGAAAUAUUUUCACCUCUUUUAUUUUUUGCAUUUCUAUUAUGCAUGUCACCCGUGCAACAGCGUUAACAACUAAUGCAUAAAAAUGUUUUCAGACUCAAUGCAAAAUAAAUGUAAAGUGCAACAUAAAAUGAAAGCUUUUUUUGAUGGGGUGAAAU